AACUGCCAUGAACGCUCGCGACGCUACUCUUUUCGCCACCGCAACCCUCUUUGGCGCCGUUACCUCUGCACUUGCUCUCCGCUUCUUCUACCGCUCCCGAAACCAUCCCCAAACCCAAAACGGAACCAUUUCCAAUCACCGCCAUUCACGUGGUGACCCUUACGAUCCUUCCAAGCGCAAACAGUACUUGUCGUGGGAUGAUUAUUUCAUGGCGAUUGCGUUUUUGUCUGCUGAAAGAUCCAAGGACCCUAACAGGCAGGUAGGGGCAUGCUUGGUGAGUCAGGAUGACAUAAUUCUUGGCAUUGGCUAUAAUGGAUUCCCAAGAGGAUGUUCCGAUGACAAGCUACCAUGGGCAAAGAAAUCCAGGAGUGGGAAUCCUUUAGAGACAAAAUACCCAUAUGUUUGUCAUGCGGAAGUAAAUGCUAUUCUUAACACAAAUCACGCCUCUGCUGCUGGACAACGGCUUUAUGUGACCAUGUUUCCCUGCAAUGAAUGUGCAAAGAUCAUAAUCCAGUCAGGAGUUUCUGAAGUGGUUUAUUUUGUGGAGAAGUUAGAAAGUUCUGAUAUUGCAUAUACUGCUUCUCACAAGCUACUGUCAUUGGCUGGUGUUAAGGUCAGGAAGCAUCAACCACUUAUGAACGAAAUUCAUCUUAAGUUUGAGGAACGCUAGAUUUCGAAGAUUGACACAAAUUUAAGGUGGUCUUAGUCAUAAUCUUCUGAGUUACUCGGUAAUGGCUAUCAAAUUUGGAAUACUAAGUCGCAUUAUAUGAACAAAUCAAACAAGGAAUAGUGAUAUAGUAUGUUUAGGGAAAGUUCAUGGGAUGAUGAACAAGUUAGGAAACCAACAUACACAACGGUGUUGUUAAAAAAAAAAAAUUGUAUUUUACUG